UAAUGUAGAAAAUGAUGUUAAAGAUUGAUUAAAAUUGCUGAAGAUUUUAAAUGACCGAGUUAAAUGGAUUUAACUUAAACCAGCUGGAAAAAAAACAAGAUAAAAUUUCUGACAGUAUUAGUGAUGGCGGCUCAAUAUUCAGAACUGACUCUUCUUCAAGCAAAAUGAAAAAUACCAUAAAAGAAUCUACCUCUUUUCAAGAUGAAUUUGUAAUGAAUAACACGGUAAACAUGGUAUCAAAAAGAAAAUUAACAGCAGAUAUUCCAUUUUAUAUGAAAGCAUUUGAUACAUCCCAAAGAAAAGUAGCUACCGAAUCAUCAAAAGAUUUUUCUUUGCCACUUUUGAGCGAUAAGCAAAAAAAAAGCUGUUCAACCAUUACAUCAACAUGUGCAUCAACAUCACUUUCUCAAUCAUCAUAUUUAGCUGGUGCUGCUUCAUCCAAUAUUAAUGUUGUUGUCAGAGUAAGACCAAUGGUGAAAAAAGCAGGAAAAAAAGAAAGAAGUAUUAUUGAUUAUCCUGGUGAAGGAGUAUUAUGGAUAGAAGCAGGUUUUAACCAAUCAAAAUCCUUUACAUUUAAUAACGUUUUCAAUGAAAGUUUUGAUCAAGAAACAUUAUUUGAAAGAUGUGGUAUAAUAGAACUGAUUGACAAAGCAUUAUGCGGUUAUUCUUGUACGGUAUUUGCUUUUGGUGCAACAGGUUCUGGAAAGACACACACUAUUACUGGCCCCCAAGAUCAGAAGUUAGAAAUUAUGUUGAAAGAUAACAAAAAGUACGGAAUUAUACCAAGGUCUUUUAAAUAUAUUUUUGAACAAAUCAAGUUGAAAACAGAUAUAGAAUAUUCUAUUAAAGCUUCAUUUCUCGAAAUAUACAAUGAAAAAGUUAAAGAUUUGAUAAACACUUCCAAUCAAAAUUCAUUACCUGUGAGAUGGUGUUCAAAGGAUGGAUUUUAUGCUGAGAACCUGACUAAAGUAGAAUGUCGUGAACUAAACCAUCUUUUUGAUGUAUUAUCUGAAGGAAGUGCAAUGCGUCAAGUGGGCCAGCACUUGUUAAAUGACUAUUCCAGUCGCAGUCAUAGUAUGCUUAUACUGUUUUUAGAUGGAGUUGAGCAUAGUUCUAAUGUUAUAAAACAUGGAAAAAUAAACUUUGUUGAUUUAGCAGGUAGUGAAAGAGUGAAAAUAUCCAAAAGCGCUGGUAAAGCUCUAGUGGAAUCAAGUAAUAUUAACAAAAGUUUACUUACAUUAGGAAAUUGUAUUUCCGCACUUGGUGAUUUGAAAAACUGCCAUAAGCACAUUCCUUAUCGUGACAGUAAACUUACUAAACUAUUAAUGGAUACACUUGGUGGAGAUGGUUAUACUCUUAUGAUAGCUUGUAUUUCUCCUGCUUUUAAUGACUUUCAUGAUUCAAUUAACACGCUAAGAUAUGCAAAUCGUGCAAAGAAUAUAAAAAGUAAACCCAUCAUCAAAAUGGAUCCUAAAGAACAACUUAUUUUAGAGCUAAAAGAAAAAGUUAAAAGUCUGAAAGCUGAAAAUGCAUGCUUAAGGGAGCAGUACAGUGAAACAUCUUCUGAUUUUAAAAUGAUGACAAAUCCAAUGCAAAUCAAAGAGUUUUGCUGUGAAGAUUUGCUGAAGCCAUCAGUAGGAAGUGACUCUUUUUCUUCAUUUAAUUCCUCAGAUCUUAACUUUUAUGACCAGAUAUCUUCUGAUUCAACAUUGCGUGCUACUACAGCCAUUUGUGCACUUGGAGCCAGAAAUGGUUUGUACGAAAUGAUUCAAGAAUACAUGAAUGAAAAUGAAAGACUCAAAGCAGAAAAUAUGAAGCUUUAUCAUACCAAGUCAUUAUCACAGGAAAAAAGGGAUCAGGUUUGGUUAAAUGCUAACGUUAAUGCAAAUGAAAUUUUAUCAAAGAACAUACAUUCAUUGGGUCAGAAUAAUACAAUAAUACUUCCGAAUAUUCAUCACGGUUAUCCAAAUAUUGUAUCAAAUCCAAAUAUUGUUUCAAAAAAUCAAGAUGUUACAGAUUCUGAAAAAUUAUUACAUGAAAGACGGAGCAAUAGACAAGUUGAUGAUAUUAAUGCCCUUCAGUUGUCAUAUAAUAAAAUGAAAUUACAUGGUAUACAAACAUCUAACCAAGAUGAAGUCAAUAAACAUCAAUGCAAGAAAAUACAAAAUAUUGAUGAUAAACAGCAAUGCAAGAGAGUAAAAAGUAUUGAAAAUAAACAACUAUUCAAAAGACUACAAAAGAUUGAAAAUCGAUUGUGCAACAGCUUUAAAAAUGUUUCUGCUGAUAAACCUCCCAGUUACGCGGCUAAGUUUGCUUUCCGUCAAGAAAUGUGUCGAAAUUCAAAACGUCAAUUUCUUAAAGAUAACAUCUCGUUACCAGAAAGCAUAAACACUUCUUCAAUAAGUGUUUGUUACCCAAAUCAUAUGGGUCUAUAUUAUAAUGGAAGUAAAUCAGCUGAAGGUUUUAACAAUAAAACCGAUCAACUGCACUUCGAUUUAGAGUUUCUUUUAAAUCAAAUCCGAGCAGAAGUUUUACAGAAUAAAAAAAAUACAGGAAAUUAAUAAGAAAAUAAGUAAUAAAAGAAAGUAUGUUUCUUAGCGGAAAACAAUGUAAUUUAUGACAAAUAUUUUAAAGAUAUUUAUAUUUUUAAU